AUGACCAGCGAAUUCGCCGGUACCUUCCUUUUCCUCCUCCUCGCCUUCGGCGGCACAAGCGUCGUCAACUCCGCCCCUCCCCCAAACUCCAACCAACCCGCCGAUCUAUCUCCCAACCCUGCCAAACUCCUCUACAUCUCCCUCUCCUUUGGCAUGUCCCUCGCCGUCACAGCAUGGGUCUUCUUCCGCAUCAGCGGGGGGCUCUUCAACCCAGCCGUCACUUUGGCCAUGAUGCUCGUUGGCGCCCUCCCUUAUGUCCGGGGCGUGCUCCUCAUCAUCAGCCAACUGUUGGGCGGGAUCGCGGCUGCGGGUCUGACGAUGGGAUUGCUUCCGGGCCCGUUGAAUGUCAGCACUUCGUUGGGUGGUGGGACGACGGUGGUGCAGGGGCUGUUUUUGGAGCUGUUUCUAACGGCACAGUUGGUGUUUACUAUCUUUAUGUUGGCGGCUGAGAAGCACCGGGCAACUUUUAUGGCGCCUAUUGGGAUUGGGUUGUCGCUUUUUAUUGCGGAAUUGAUGGGUGUUUACCACACCGGUGGCAGUCUCAAUCCAGCUCGAAGCUUCGGUCCAUGUGUUGUGCUCGGCUCGUUCGAUGAACACCAUUGGAUAUACUGGAUUGGGCCGAUACUGGGUGCCCUGACUGCAUCGGGGUUUUACGUGUUUAUAAAAGUGCUGGAAUAUGAGACUGUGAAUCCGGAUCAAGACCACACGGGAAAGCGUAAGCGUUUUGAUUCAACUACUGAUAAUGAGAAAUUGGCUGGACCUGGCGGUUCACACGUUGGUGGAGUAGGGGGCACGCCGACUCCCUUGGGAUCACCUACCUCGUUCAUGAGGGGCCCGAGUCUUGAGGCUGGCCGGACUACGCACUGA